CCCAGAAGGAAGAACUUGUGCAGCUCUGGGUAAAGGAAAGCAAAAUCCGGAGGCAAAGCUCACCUGCAAGGAGUGUGGUGUGAGCGGAAUCGCCUGUGUCCACGCCGGGGAGACAGGCUGCAAUGGCCACCUUUGAGAAGCAGACGGAGUGCGUUGUGAAUGCCUUGUUCUCGGACCUCCUAGGUGACGAUGAGAGUGACUGCCGGAGCCUGGAGACAGACUCGGAAGGGCGGCCUCCAGCCGGGUAUGACGCUGGCUCGGUUGGCAGACUCCUGGCCUGUAUAGGAGACGACUUGAAGACGUUCGACGCAGUGGUGAUCGCCAGUCGCCUGCGGCAAAUGGGGGACCGGUGCAACAUGGAUUUUGAACACAUUUCCUCAGAGGAUCUUGCUGAAGUGCUCAAGGGAGAGAUGGAGAAGUUUGGGGCUGCCGUGGACUCUCUCAGCAGGAGCUGGAGUGACCGGAACCCCGAGCUGGCCUACGAGAGAGCUUUUCUCUGUGUUUCUGCAAAAUUGCUAAUGUAUCUUCUUAAGAAAGUCCCAGCUAUGGUGCAUCCCAGCUACCUCAUAAGAGCGAUUAAUGGAAAUUCUCAAGUGAGAAACUACAUUGAGGCCCACGGCGGAUGGGAGAACUUGGACAGUUGAGAGAAAGGGCUCUACAACCUUCCAGAAGGUGAAGCUGGGCUUUUCGUUGUUUUACCUGGGAGAAAUGCUGUUGGGUUUCUUCAGGAGAAUGCAACCAAAACUCUACGCAUAAAGAAUAUGUACAAGAUA